AUGGAUAUAUUAACAGGGCCGACAUCUGUACGAGUACGACGUUGCAUAAAACCAUCGUUGCUAUUGCGCACAUCUGUACGACUUGAAGAUCUGGAAAAAAAAUUAAGAAACCAUCCUGACCUACAACGUUACUUGGAAGAGAAGCUAUCGGAAAAUGCAGCAGAAUAUGAAAUCACAACAGUUCUUCAAUCUAUUGAUCCUCAAUUAAGUGAGACAGCAGCUACUUCUUCACAGAUGUGUACCACUCGUGCUGAAAUGACAACAGAAAAAUCAACUACUGUUCUUCAAUCUAUCGAUCCUCAAUUAAGUGAGACAACGGCUACUUCUCCACAGAUGUGGACCACUCAUGCCGAAAUUACAACAGAAAAAUCAACUCUCGACGACAUCAAGACAUGGAAUAAAUCAAGCAACAAUUAUUAUUACAAACUAUUUUGCAAUCCAGUCAACUACACAACUGCUAAAGCAAAAUGUAAAGAGUUAGGAGCUGAUCUGGCAUCAGUGGGCUUAAGGAAUGCUACCGUCCGCAGCGAAAUACUCAAAAUUGUAAAGUCAGGAGGAAAAGAUAUGCCUACUUGGGUUGGUCUGGAUGACAUUAAACAAGAAGGAAAAUUUGUUUGGGCUGAUGACAUUAUUUCAACAAGAGAGAAUACCGAUUGGAAUGCUAAACAACCGGACAACUACGGAAGGGGCGAAGAUUGUGGAGAGUUCAAUUUUAACCAAAAUUGGAAGUUAAAUGACGCUCCAUGCUCAGAACUUCAAUAUUAUAUUUGCGAAAAAUGGGAUCAGUGA